UGUCAAAUCUUAUUUUGUGAGGUUAUGUGAUUCCUUUAGUGCAAAAGGAAUAAAAUAUUGUAAACACACGACAAGAUUAAAUAAGAUGUUGUCUCAAAGUUCAUUACUAAAGCGUACCUUGCCCCUGGUUAUACAAAGUGCUGAAGCACACAGAAAACCGCGAUGGUUACCUAUCGCUAAAAGCAAAAUAUAUCGUAUUCCUAAGCGACCAGUCAUAUCUGAAGAUGAGCGUUUAGAGCUUCUACGUUUGCACAACAACUACAAAACGCAAAUGCGGUCCAUCAAAAGGUUUUAUCACGAGGAAAUGAUCAAGGAGAAAUCAUCACGGGAGAGUGCUAGUUCAGAAAUGUCACAGCGGAUUGAGGCUGAAGAAUGGGCCCGAUGUGUCGAGUUGAAUGAGAAGUGGAACGCUCAGGUAGCUCUGGACCGGGAGGAGAGGCGUAAGAUAGAGAUAGCAGAACAAGAUGAGUAUGCUCUCAAGAGAAUGGAGAGAGCAGAUAAACGAAAGAGGGAAAGAAUUGCACAAGUCUCAGAGGAGAUCAGAAGACAGAAGGAACUCAGCCCAACAUUCAUCACACCAGAGACUUUAGAAGCUGCCAUAGACCAUGCCAUUGCCAACCCUACAGACUAUAACUUUGCCAUAGACUUGAAAGGCAACAGGUAUGAGGGGAGAGAUGUCCAAAUAACUCCGGUUAAAGAGGAGAAAGCAGCUAAAGGUGUUUCAGCUUAACAAAUGUUCAUUAUUCUGUAAAUAAUUUAGGUACAAUAAAUAUUAUUACAUUAGGA